AUGAUUAUUACAGGUGAUGAUUCCGUGGCUAUUUCUGAUGUCCAAUGUUAUCUUCAUCAACACUUUGAGAUGAAGGAUUUGGGACCUCUUAGCUAUUUUCUAGGUCUUGAAGUUUCUUAUACUUCUAAUGGCUACUAUUUAUCUCAAGCUAAAUAUGCUGCUGAUUUACUCUCAAGGGUUGGUAUAACAGAUUCUAGUACUACAUCUACACCAUUGGACACAAAUGUUAAAUUAACACCUUUUGAUGGCACACCCCUGGCUGAUCCCACAUUAUACAGGCAACUGGUUGGUAGCCUUGUUUAUCUUACGGUAACUCGCCCGGAUAUUGCUUAUGUUGUUCACGUAGUAAGUCAGUUUAUGGUUGCUCCUCGUACAAUUCACUUUACUACUGUGUUCCGCAUCUUACGAUAUGUCAAAGGUACUCUUGUGCAUGGUCUUCAUUUCUCUGCGCACUCCUCAUUAACCUUAUCUGCCUACUCUGAUGCUGAUUGGGCUGGAGACCCUACUGAUCGUUGUUCAACGACUGGCUAUUGUUUCUUCUUGAGUGACUCACUUAUUUCAUGGCGAAGUAAAAAGCAAACAGCCACCUCUCGGUCUAGCACUGAAUCUGAAUAUCGAGCACUUGCCGAUGCUACUUCUGAAUUGAUUUGUCUUAGAUGGCUACUUGAAGAUAUGGGUAUUAAACAAUCCUCGCCUACUGUUCUUCACUGUGAUAAUCGAAGUGCAAUUCAAAUUGCUCAUAAUGAUGUGUUUCAUGAACGAACCAAACACAUUGAGACGGAUUGUCAUUUUGUUCGCCAACAUAUUAAACAUGGCACCGUGCAGCUUACUCCUGUUUCAUCUGAAGAUCAAUCAACAUAUAUUUUUACUAAAGCUCAUCUCCCUGGACGAUUUCAGUUUUUACUACGCAAACUCAAGUUGGCUUCUAUUAUCCCACCUUGA